GACACGAGCGGCCUUAUUUCAGGCCAUCAAGAGAGCACACGAACUCAAAUUCAAAGCGCCGCCGUCAUGGAGGGCCCCCUCGCCUGCCCCACCUGCCGCAAGCGGCCGCACGAGCAAGCGUGCGGCAACAAGGUCUUCGCCAAGGCGCACUGCCCCUGCUGCCUCGAGACGUGCGAGCCCGUCGUGGCCCUGCCCUGCGGCCACGCCGUCUGCGAGGACUGCUUUGGAAGACUGGGUGCCCGGUUGGUGGACGAGGCGGCGGAUCCCGCGCCGGCGCUGCCGCCACAGAGAAGAGAAAGACGCUUCAGCUACGAAGAAGGCGGCACGGGCGAGGUCGUGGCCUGGGAGUGCGCCCAGUGCGACUACGUGAACGAGCUCGGCGAGCAGUUCUGUGCAAGGUGCAACAACGCGCGGAUCGACGUGGGCAUCGACGUCAGGGACGAAGAAGAUGGGGUGGACUCGGACGACGACUCGUCGGACGACGAUGAUGAAGACGACCCGUCGCUGCCCGUCCCGGCGCGCAUCAUGCAGGCCAAGCGGAGGCUCGCGCAGCGUCUGGAAGAAAGGGCGUCCUAUAUGUUGGAUCUGGACGGACAGCUUUUGGCGGCGCAGCGGUCGGAGCUCGACACGUACGAUUCGGACAUAACCCCGGACGUGCGGCUCCAGCGCAUAUUGGCGCAAGUGCUGCAGGUCGAGGUGCACAUCGAGGAGCUAAGAACGUUAGUGAACCGGCCGGACCCCACAGAAGCCCCGGGCCCUGUCGCGGCGGCACUAGUAAGAGCUGCGCAGGCCCUCCAGGAGGGCCGCGGGACCUGCUACGCCGACGUGCGCCGCGCCUUCGUGGCGUCGCCCGCCGACGCCGACGCGGGGAGGAUGGGCCACGGCUACGACGUCUUCGCCGCCAACGACGCCAUCGAGGCCUACGUCGUCGCCGCGGCGCAGGAGAUGGGGCCGGACAUCGAGGGCGAGGUUCGCCGGUUGAUGGGCGAACGCGGGCCGCGGCGCCGGCGGCGCGACGCGCCGCGCGACGGGUCGCCCGAGCCGCCCGCGCGGCGCCGCCGGACGAGACCGCCCUCGCCGUCUCCGUCUCCCUCGCCGGAGGCCCCGCCCCCGCCCCGGCGGCGACACCGCGGCAUCAUGCCGGCGGCCCGUAUGGGUGACGAUACGCCCCAGCCGUCGCCUUCGUCGUCUCCGUCGCCCCCGCCCCGGCGGCGACAGCGCCGCGGCGUGAUGCCGGCGGCCCGCAUGGGAGGCUUGACGCCGCCGUCGCCGUCGCCUUCGCCGUCGCCGUCUCCAGAGCGGCGGCCGACGCGGCGGCGGGCGGCCCAGCGGCAGCCGCCACCGUCGCGGCGCCGGAACGUCGCGUCCCUGGGGAACGGCGUGAUCAUGGAUAUGCCCAGCGAGCUGCGCGAUGACCUUCAGCGGCAGUACGAGAGCGCGCAACGGCGCAGCGUGCGGGCCAUGGAGCAAGCGCACGCCGCGCGGCAAGAUGAAUUGCCCCCCGAGCUGCGCGGGCGCCCUUGGGACGAUGUGGAGGUCAUCAUGUGGGAAGAGGAUCAGCUUCUUGGCCGGCGGGCCGCGCAGUCGGGACCGGCGCAGUCGCCGUCCCCGUCGCCGGAGCGGCGGCCAAGGCGGCGAGCGGCCCAGCGGCAGCAGCAGCAGCAGCAGCAGCCGCCGCCGCCGCCGCCGCGCCGGCGCGACCGGUCGUCACAGCGCCGCGCACCGCCGCCGCCGCCGCCACCGACGCGCUCCCAGCGCCGCGCGCGCCGCGAGGCAGCCCCGGCACCAACUAGACCCCGGCGGUCCCGCCGAAAUAAUAGUUCAUAA